ACAGACUUCCCCAUCUUGAGGGGGAGAGACAGCACCCUAGGCAGAUAUACACAGGUCACUAUUUGGCAGAGGGACAAAGCUCUCCCUCCCAUAGACCGAGGGAUGAACACAUGGAGUGGAUGCUGGAGGCAUCACUAGUCCCCUGCGGAAAGGACAAGUACAUUUCCAAGAAUGAGCUGUUGGCACAUCUGAAGAAUUAUAAUCUUUAUUAUGAAGGGCAGAACCUACAGCUGAGACACCGGGAGGAGGAGGGAGAGUUGAUAGUUGAAGGACUGCUCAAUAUAUUUUGGGGUCUAAGACGCCCUAUUCGGCUUCAGAUGCAGGAUGACAAUGAAAGAGUACGCCCACCGCCAUCUUCCACAUCUUGGCAUUCUGGCUGCAAUCUGCUCACUCAGGGAAAAGGCGCUAAACCGGCUAUCAUCCCUGACAUCCAGGUAACAGAUGCCGAUGACACCCCUUGCGCUGCUGAUGAAGAAGGGGAGAAAACAUCACAGGAUGAGACCCCUCAGCUCAUGCGCACACGCAGUGAUGUUGGGAUACGACGGAGGGGUAACUUGCGUACCCCAGGAGAGCAGAGACGGAUCAAACGCCAUCGGUUUUCCAUAAAUGGGCACUUUUACAACCACAAGACAUCUGUGUUCACUCCAGCGUACGGCUCCGUAACCAAUGUGAGGAUAAAUAGCACCAUGUCCACCCCACAGGUCCUGAAACUGCUGCUCAACAAGUUCAAGAUUGAGAAUUCUGCUGCCGAGUUUUCCCUUUACAUAGAGCACACCAGCGGAGAGAAGUGUAAGCUGAAGGACACAGAUUAUCCACUCAUUGCCCGGAUUCUACAAGGUCCAUGUGAACAAGUGUCUAAGGUUUUUCUAAUGGAAAAGGAUCAAGUGGAAGAAGUCACCUAUGAUGUGGCACAGUACAUUAAGUUUGAGAUGCCCGUUCUGAGCAGUUUCAUUCAAAAGCUGAAGGAAGAAGAAGACAGAGAAGUCUCCAAACUGAUGAGGAGGUACACAUCUCUCCGUAUGCUAAUUGAGCAGCGCUUGCAUGAUAUGGUAAACUGCCCUGCGACCAUAUAGACCCCAGAUGUCUGCAUUCCGUGAAUGAGCCCCGGUCACGUGCCUCCGAGCCUCCCUCAGCCAGUUACUACAACAAGGAAGGUAUCCGCUAAGGAAUGUAUUUCUCAAUGGAACGCCAUUCUGCUUCAGCUCUCUAUUAACGGAGGGGUUCUGCACUGCAUUGUAAUGCUUCCAAUCACUCAUUGAUUCAAGUAGUACUGCAUUGCUUCCAGGAAACAGGAAAGAAUGGAUACACAGCCUUCAGUUUGCUGUCCUGUGAUCUUUGUGUAUUACAUUACAUAAUGUAAGUAAAAUUGUACCACAUUGCUGUACAACAGGCGUAGAAAGGACACCGUUUACUUAAUGGAAAAAGGUUACAGGAGGUCAGAUUAUAUUUUUAAUAACAGAAAUGGACCAAGUAUUUUAUGCUGAAUAAGCACGAGACCAAAUUACUGCAAGGUUUGUAAAAACCCCAUGAAUGUAUUUGGAAAAAGUGGCUUCCUCUCCCCACCAGCAUAGUCAGGUCAGUCAGGAGCUAAGGACUAUGGGUUAUGGUGAUGCAGGCACAAUGCGUUUCAGAGUCAAUAGAUGCAUCAUCGCUUGGAGAGUGAUAAAUUGGAGAGAGAAAAAGCACCAGCCAAUCAACUCCUAACUUCCAUGUCACAGGCCCUGUUUGAAAAAUGUCAGUUAGGAGCUGGUUGGCUGGUAGUUUAUCACUUUCCAUUUUAUCACUCUCCAAGCGAUGAUGCAUCUAGCCCAUAAUGUCUGAAAACUGCAGAGAGGUGUAAAAUGUCCAGUUUUAAAGCACAAUGUGUAAAUAAAAUGCAGGUAUGUCUAUUAUGUUGUGAGGACAAUGCCCAUUCAAUAUACGAGCGUGUUUCAUUAUAUAUGAGGUAACAAGACCUCUCAUCGCAUAAAUGUAUUCAGCUCGUACACAUACGUACAGUAUAAUCAAUAGUAUGGCCUUGGUACAGAUUGUUUUUCCACAUUCUGUAGUCCCCAUACUUGUCUAAGCAGUUGUUCCAAUGAUACACCAAUCUAUCUGUCCCAGCAUGGAAGACAUCAGUGUCAGGCGCCUGAAGCCAGGACAUGAUGACUUGCUGAACUUCACUGUCAAUGGCCAAUCGCCUUCCACCCAGGUGCUUCUUCAAUGGUCCAAAGAGAUGGAAAUACUUGGUUCCAGGUCAGAGCUGUAGGGAGGAUGGCCCAGUACCUUCCAAUGGCAUCGCCGUAACUCACACGUGCAGUUGGCUGAGUGUGGCCUGGCGUUAUCGUUCACAAUACUAUGCCUGUUCGCAGCAAUCCAGGUUGUUUCUGAUGAGUUGCCCUCGAUGUGUCACAAUAGAGGAUGCAGAAAUCUGAUAACACUACACACCUCAAUGUUUGGCCAUAUUUUCACCAGCCCUGCCAUCUUACAACUGAUUUUGGGACAGUAUGACUGAUAUGAGGCGCAGUCUAAUGUCUGUGGGAGGAAGCAGUGGUCUACCAGCUCUGGCCAGCCGGAAAAUUAGUAGGAAAUAGAGAACAUUACACAUAGGGCCUAAUUCAGACCUGAUCAGUGCUGUGCGUUUGCGCACAGCAGCCGAUCAGGGCGGAACUGCGCUGGUGCCGCAGUGCCCCGGUGCAUUCCAGGCAGCUGACGGCCGUCUCAGCCCUGCGAUCUCCUCUACCUGAUUGACAGGCAGAGGCGUUCGCUGGGCGGGCUGGCAGCAUUUGCCCGCCGUUUUAGGGGCGCGUUCCAGGAAAUGCCGGCAUGCCUGGAACGUGCAUCACACGCAGCCGCUGCGACCCUCACAGCGACGAGUAGCUUCCUGCCUGCACGCAGGAGCUGCACUGGUAGGGAGCUACUCUUCAAGUACAAAAGCAGCGCCGCUGUGCAAUGCUUUUGUACUUGUGCGGGGGGGUCGGGCCUGACAUGCGGGGCAGACUAGCCCUGUGCUGGGUGUCUCCCCGCAUGUCUGUGUGACUGAUCGUAGAUGUGCUAAAUUUAUCACAUCUACGAUCAGGUCUGAAUUAGGCCAACAGUCUUGUUACCUUACUUAUUGAACCAACCUCAUAGUGUUUUGAAUGUUGCAAGAAAGAGCAACUGGUGUGUGGGGAUUUCCAUUACCUGUCCAGAAGGUACUGAGGGUCUCUUCAUGUAGGAGAGAACUGAAUGGUCUGUUCUGAUACAACACAAGCCUAGCUAAAAGGCCCAUGCAAAUACAAGAUACUGUAUACUCAAACUGCAGGACCAUCUAAGAUAUCAUCUAAGAUCUUCUCAUCUCAAUCCACAUACGGCUGCCCACAUCACUUUCAGGACUGGGGCGCACAGAGGAAGGCAGCUACAAAGUUAUCAGGCUUCUCUUGGGGUCCAGGAGUUGUAGCAAUGACCCUUCCCACUUGGCAGCAUGCAGCUUCUACAGAGGGUGCCCUGGUCUCUUGGUGGCUAUGAGUUAGGGGCCCUGUCCUACUUUGAACACCACUAAAAUGUUUAUAAAGAAUGAAAUAAUGCACUGUAAGAGUUAUUUGUGAAGUACUGCUGGCGCCUUCUGUGAGGUAACUGUCCCUGAUGACAGCCAAAGCACUAUAAAGUACUAGAAGUAUUGUAGUACUUAGAGACACAUUGCUGGAUUGAUGUUGCUGUAUUUAGCCAAGGGGUUUGACAGGCUUAAUGGCCCUGUGUAUUAAUGAAUUGACUAAUGUGAGUGUUUUGUAAUAUUGCUAAACUGUAUGUGCUGAGCCUCUGAAUUAUAUGUCAUGUCUGUGUGUUUUUCUAUCUAACAAAUGUGAAUUUUUGCGACAGGAAAUGUUGAAUUAAUUGCCCAGCUCCCUUUCCCCUUUGAAUAAAGCACUUUGCAGUAACAUUAAUAAA